AUGCUCCUCAUCGAGAAUCGCUGUAAACUCUCGUAUCACUCAUGCUUCGCACGCGGCGCUCACUCGCUGCACUCUUCGCUCUCUUCGCAAGAGGCUCUUCGUCACUCUCUCGCUGCAACCGACGCUCUCUCGCUUCACGCGGCGCUGCUCUCUCGCUGCACGCGCCGCUCUCUCGCUGCGCGCGCCGCCACUAUUUUGCUGCACGUGCUGUCUGCGUUUUCGUCGCUCUCUCACUGCAUGGACCGCCGUUGUUUUGCUGCACGCGCUAACUGCGUUUUUCGUCCUCUCUCGCUGCAUGCGCUGCUCUUUCGCUACACUCGCCGCUCCCUGCUGCACGCGCUCUCUGCGUCUUUCGUUUGGUACGCAUUAUCAUCACUUUCUUUGAAACCUCCGUUACCUCACCUCUCUCUCUCCUCCCCUCUCUCUCAUUCCUUGCCUCUCCAUCUUUACCUCUCCCUCUCCCUCUCCCUCUCCCUCUCCCUCUCCCUCUCCCUCUCCCUCUCCCUCUCCCUCUCCCUCUCCCUCUCCCUCCCCCCCUCCCUCUCGCUCUCCCUCCAUUUCUCCCUCGUCCUCCGCUGA